GAGACUUAAACUCCGAUCCCCAAAACCAAAAAUCACCACCACCUCCACUAAUGAGGUUCCUCCUCCUCCUACAUUAGCAAAUCAAAUCAAUGGCAUCAAAAAUCUCAUCAACAACUCUAUUGACAUUCCUCAUCUUCUUAACUUGUCUCCUCCUCUAUCUCUACUCAACAAUCCUCCCGUUCUUCACAUCACAAACCCAAUCAACACCACCAUUCUCAAAUUUCAAGAAAAACCCACCACCAUGUAAUUACUUCAGAGGAGAAUGGAUAUCAGACCCAAAUCGAAAACCGAUUUAUGAUUCAACCUGCCCAUUUCAUAGAAACUCAUGGAACUGUUUGAAAAAUGGUAGAGAGAAUAUGGAAAAGAUCAGUUCAUGGAAAUGGGUACCUGAGAAUUGUGGCGAUUCUUUUGAUAGAAUCAAUCCAUUGGAAUUUUUAGAGUUUAUGAAGGAUAAGAGUAUUGGGUUUAUUGGUGAUUCAUUGAAUGAGAAUUUUAUUACCAGUUUUCUUUGUAUUUUGAGAGGAGGUGAUGAUGGGGCAGUGAAAUGGAAGGGGAAGAAGGGGGUUUGGAGAGGGGGUUAUUUUCCUAAGUAUAAUGUUACCGUCGCGUAUCAUCGAGCCGUGUUGCUUGCGAAUUACGAGUUUCAGCCAAUACCACAGUUGGAUCAGUCGAAAUAUCCUGGACUGAAGGGGGUAUACCGCGUGGAUGUGGAUGUUCCAUCAGAUAAGUGGGCUGAUGUCACAAAAUUCUAUGAUGUCCUGGUGUUCAAUACUGGGCACUGGUGGGGAUAUGAUAAGUUUCCAAAAGAGACUCCUCUCGUCUUUUAUAGGGAUGGAAAACCGAUAGUUCCCCCCUUGGGAAUGCAAAGUGGUCUUAAAGUCGUACUUGAGAGUAUGGUAUCUUACAUACAAAGGGAAGUUCCUCUUACAACCCUCAAGUUCUGGCGUUUACAGUCACCUCGGCAUUUCUAUGGUGGAGACUGGAAUCAAAAUGGGAGUUGCUUAUUCGACAAUCCUUUUGAAGAAAGUCAGCUUGAUAUUUGGUUUAGCCCCAGCAACAAUGGUGUGAACAAAGAAGUAAGACAAGUGAAUAGUUUGAUCGAGGACGCACUGCAAGGCUCAGAUAUCCAGUUACUACCUCUGACUCACUUGAGUGAGUUCAGGGCAGACGCUCAUCCAGCGAUUUGGUUAGGAAAGAAAGAUGCAGUUGCAGUCUGGGGUCAAGACUGUAUGCAUUGGUGCCUACCUGGUUUGCCCGAUACAUGGGUCGAUAUCUUGUCAGCACUGAUUCAUUAUAAUUUGGGCAGUGGGUGAUUAAAUCAUGGAUAACACAGUGUAGGUGGGAUCAAUGUAGCUUCAUCCACUGAACAAGAAUCUACAAACAACUUACCUCUUUGGUGCUGUUAACCGAGGACACAAGAGCUCAAGAUUUUGAUGCUUUAAGUCUCACCACAGCAAUACCUGAACAAAGCUACUGACAAGAGAAAAUUAGUUGCUCUAUAGUUCAUUCUUUCUUCUGCAGGGAGGUCAGUUGGUUCUGAUUAUACUACCAGUGGUUUAACUUGAGCUUGCAUUUUUUGCUGCUGAUAACUUAUAGGUGGCAUAUACAAUGACAAUUCCACCCAGAAAAACUAGAUGUUCCUACAUCUUACUGUAAGCAUCAGGAAAAAAAAAAAAAAAAAAGGAAAAUGUUUUGUACUAGCAGCCCUUUUUGUAACUUGGUGAUAUCUUAUUCUUCUUUUUAUGAAACUGAAGUGAUACCUUAUUCUUAGCUUGUUUUUAUUAUGUUGAUUGUUUUGUAAGAAUUUCUUGGACCAAUUGAUUCAA